AUGACCAUUGCAACGUGCCUUCAGGGCUCAAAGCGGCUUUCGUCCAGCAAGUCAAUCAUGGCGUUGCCCUGUCCACUUGGACUGCGUUGUUGGCUGCCCUUCCUUUUUGCGCCUCAGGUGCUAGGACUUGAAAAGCCCCACAUUCUGUUUGUCCUGGUGGAUGACCUGGGCUGGGCAGACGCUGGAUUCAAUCGGGCCGAACCUGAUCCAGAAGUUGUUACUCCAAAUUUGAAUAGCUUAGCGGCUGCUGGAAUCCACCUUCGCCGACACUAUGUGCAUUCUAUGUGCACGCCUACCCGGACCAGCGUCCAGUCUGGCAGGCUGCCAGUCCACGUCAACACUCGUUUGGGCGAUGUUUGUGAUGACGACACUGGCAUCCCAUACAACAUGACUGGAGUGGCGGAAAAAAUGAGACAGGCCGGAUACAGGACGCACUUCGCAGGAAAAUGGGAUGCAGGCAUGUCUACUCCACGCCACUCACCGCAUGGUCGCGGAUAUGAUACAAGCCUGCAUUACUUCUCGCACAAGAACGACUUCUACAACCAAGGCAAUAUGCAAACCUGCUGUGAGUCUGACAGGUCAAUUGUAGACUUCUGGCGCACGGACCGGGCAGCAUCUGAUGUGAAUGGCACAGACUAUUCAGAGUUCCUCUACAGGAACGAGCUGCUUUCCAUCGUGCAGCAGCAUGACGUCAGCCUACCCCUCUUCUUGUUCUACGCUCCGCAUGUUGCACAUUGCCCCCUGCAGGUUCCGGAGCGGUACUACAACAACUUUAGCUGGAUGUCGGACGAUGAGGACCAGUGCCGUCAGCAGACCGUAAAAAGUGAGCAUCCAAUCGAUCCAUCGAAUUUGGACUUGGAAUACAAGUGCCGACAGCAGCAUGCAGCAAUGGUCAUGCUAAUGGAUGAAGUAGUGGGAGAUGUCGCUUCUGCACUCAAGGCCAGGGGGAUGUGGGACAGUACUCUUAUGAUCUUUUCCUCCGACAAUGGUGGACCAGUGAGACUGGCAGAGAAUGCAGCAAACAACUGGCCUUUGCGUGGUGGAAAGUACAGCCAAUUUGAGGGUGGAAUACGGGCAGCGGCUUUUGUCUCUGGGGGUGUUCUUCCCCCCCAAGUGCUUGGCACAAGCAAGGGCGGCAUCAUUCACAUAGCGGACUGGUAUGGAACCCUGUGCAGUCUUGCAGGCAUUGACGCCUUCGAUGAUCGCGCAGCAGCUGCGGGCCUGCCUCCAGUUGACUCGUUGAAUGUUUGGCCUUACCUCACUGGGACAAGUGCUCGCUCUCCACGCUCGACAGUCCCAGUAGGCAAGAGUUGCCUCAUUUCGGAAAAUUGGAAGCUCAUCACGGCCGCCACGCAGCCAGGCUUUUGGCAAGGACCCCGCUUUCCAAACAGCAGUUCUGUUGAGCUGCAGGCGCCAGCAUGCUCCGGUGGUUGUCUUUUUGAUGUGGAGCAGGACCCAACAGAGCAAGUGAAUCUUUAUCAGGAGAGGCCGGAUGUGGUGGAAAGCAUGUCAUCACAGCUGGAGGAACUCAAGGAGGCAUUCUUCGAGAACAACGACAAGUUUGUAAAGAGUUGUCCAGAAAAUGUGAUCAACUGUGCUUGCUGGUUGGCACACCAUCGCUAUGGAGGCUUCUUGGGCCCCUACGCCUUGCUGGACGGUUUGGCCGACACGCCUGACAAGCCUGGGCUUGCAAUUGCAUCAUUUUCAAUUUGA